GCCAGGUAGAAAUCAGCUGUGACGAUGAGUAAGAGAAAUGAAUAUCAUAAUAUUUCACUUACUUAUUGGAAUUCCACAAAAUUCUAUACAUAAAACUUAAUUAUUGUAAAGAGUCUACGUUUAAUCAGUUAUUAACAUUAUAUUCAGAGAGUUUACCAUCAAAAAGUGAGUCAUAGCAUAAAGAAAUAAUCGGAAAUUAGUGAAUUAAGAAAUUCCGCAAUGGGUAAUCAAAACAGCAGGCCUAAGAAAAAGAAAUCAAGUAAUCCAUCAUCUCCGAUAGCAAUACAAACAAAAACAGAGUCACGGGGAAUGAUAAGAAGCCCAUCUGGAGCAGACUUUCAGCAAUCACCGACUAGAUUUACUCCAAUUGAUGAACUUGCUAAGUUACUUACAAAGAAAAAUGAGACAGAAGGAAGUGGCAAUGGAAUAACGGACUUUGUCUUUGCAAAAUAUGUCUUUCCAAACAAUAAUGACCUUGGAAUGCGUUUGUUUCGUCACUUUCACACGGUGUCACAUGCAAAAACGGUACAUUUAGGCACAACAGCAUUUAAGCAACAAUGUGAAAGAUUUUUGUCAAUAUUGGAUGACUCAAAAGUCAUUGAGAUGUAUGUUCGAAUAUAUUGUAACUUAAAUGAAGAGAAUGCCACAAAAGAAGGAGUUAAAAAUUUGUUAAGAACGUCCUUCAACAUAGCAAUGAGAUAUAAUACUGGCGAAGCACAUUAUUGCAAUAAUAUCGAAAAUACACUCGAUUCAGUGAUAGAUACUUGCUUCUUUCACGAUAACUUAUCAAUUGGUUUUGUCGCUAAAUGGCUGGAAGAAAAUUUGUCGAGGAUAAUUUUGCCUAUUCAUCGUUAUGCCCUCCAUUUACUCACAACGAGCUAUAGAAAUAUUCAGAUGAAUACAGAAGAUAAAUCCACAAACGGACUUGAACUACAGACUCCUGUUCUUGAAAAGGGAAAAGUUUUUCAGGAAUCUAAGACACUUUUGUCACUGUCGAUGGCCUGGUUGCUUGCUGGAUCACUUCCCAUUGUUUAUUCACGUCCACAAGUCAAUCCUAAGGCAAAACAAGAAAAUCCUGAUGAAGAAUCAACAAGUUCAGGAUUAACAGCUGCAUCACUUUUGCCAUCGCAAUCUUUCCUAACGCGAAUAGCUCCAUUACUACCAUCACAUUGGACCCUUAUUUAUGAUACUCUUGAGCAUGGUGUUGGUGCUAAUCGUUUUCUUCAUCAUGUAUUAGGAUAUAAAGGACCAACAUUGACUUUUCUUAAAGCUCGCAGUGUUAAAAAUAAUGUUGAAAAAGUAUUUGUUGUCGGAGCUCCAUCUGAAUGGAGAGAGACACAUUUAUAUAUUGGUGGUGAAGACAGCUGUUUAGUGCAAUUAUUGCCGAAAUUUUCAGUCAUCGAAAAAGGAGGAAAAAUUUUGUAUCUCAACACUCACAUUAGAGGUUAUCCUAAAGGAUUACGAGUUGCUGUUGAUCCACGAAAUCCAAUUAUAGCAGUUGAUGAGCAUUUUGAGAAUAUCGAUGUCCAUGCCAUGGCACACAUUUUACUAUCAAUUGAAGUUUGGGGUUGUGGUGAUAAAUCAUCUCGAGAUGUGCAAUUAGAUAUUAAAAAAUGGCAAGUUAAGGAAGCAGAAAGACAACGAACCGUGAAAAUAAGUGCAGCAGAAUGGAUUGAUAAUCCUGAUCGAUAUCUUUUGGAGCUUAAUGGACGCGUACAGUAUAACAUCCCCAAAGAGUGAACCUAAUUAGUUUUUUUGCAGUGUAAAGUGUAAUUUAAAAGAAGUACCUAUAUUCUAUGGAAUAAAAUGUAUAAGUAAUUUGAGAAAAUUUA